AGCGAGAGACGCUUCGAAGCGCUAUUAAAAUGGCAAAAUCUUUUGCUGUGUUUCUUGUGCUGUUUUUAAUAUUGCGAUCGCAAACAGUCAACACCAAGACUUUGGAGGCAUUUUUAAAAGAUCUGGAAACGUAUGAAAGAUCAAUUAAGUCAAACGAAGAAGAGCUCAACAAAUUGGCAAUCGAAUUGAAUGCAGGGAUGGAGAGUAUGGAUUGCACUGAAACAGACAAAGCAAUGGACAGUCGAUUAUUAGAAAUGAAAAAUCAGCUAGCUAACUCUGAGUACAGAUGGAUGAAUCAUAUACUUGAAAUCGAAAAUAAACACAAGCAGCAAAUGGCGACAUACAAAACUGUAUUGGAUAACAAGAAUGUUGCAAUAGAAACCUUCACGAAGGGGCUAAUUGAUCUAAAAAGCAAACUGCAAAGUCAAUUAAGUAUUAAUGCAGAUCAAUUGAAUAAAAUUCAAGUUAAAAAUAACGAAAUUUAUCAAUUGAAAAAACAAUUAGAUGAAAUGAACGCCCUGAAAAGGCAGUCAACCAUCAAUCGACAGCAACUUAGCGAUUGCCAAAAUAAAAUAUUUGCUAUUGAUAAAUUGAAGGAACAAGUACCAAAAGUGGAGUCCCAGCUGAAGAGCAGUACUCCGAAAGCUCUGGCGAGCAGCUGCUCGUCCGCAAAUGGAAUACAAUUAAUACAGGUUGAAGGAGCGAAGGCUUUUCACGUACUUUGUAAACAAUCUAUUAACGGAUCCAGUUGGAUAGUAAUCCAGAAACGUAAUCACUUAGGCGUUUCGUUUGAACGCAAUUGGAAUGAAUACAAAACUGGAUUUGGUCGCUAUCAAUCGGAAUUUUUCUUUGGACUGGAAAAGAUAUUUUUUAUCACAUUCACCAAACAAUACGAACUUUAUAUAGAGCUAACUGAUUAUGAUAAUUAUAUGUUCUAUGCUUACUACGACUUUUUCCGAGUCGGCAGUAACGUCGACGGAUAUCGUUUAUAUCUCGGAAAUUACAGAGGCAAUGCAACCGAUGGGAUGGCUUCCAGCAGAAAUCAGAAAUUUACAACCACAAGAAAUUUAUGUGUGAUCAAACCUUCUGGUGGCUGGUGGUUCCCCCCUUACAGCUGCAACGAAACCAACUUAAACAGAGGCACUUCGCCGGUUUGGUCAGUAAAUGGUUCUCUUCGUAAUAUGAAAGCUGUGUCCAUGAUGAUUCGACCUAAGCAGUCAAGGCACUAAUAUUUAUAUAGCAUAAGAAACAUAUUUAAGAGAUAUAUACAUUAUUUAAAUAAACUACGAAUGCUGCAAGAGUUUACUGGUUCA